CCCUCCGACACCAACCUUGCAGCAAUGGCCUCACAACAACUCCUUGGUGUCCCUCUUCUCCCUACGUCGACGGGCUCAUCAAGUACUUCCGCCGUAUAUGGCGCCUCGGGCUACACACCCAAAGUUUCCUUUGACACCUUCGAGAAUCCCGCUGCUCCGAUGUUUAGCUUCACGCUACCGGUCAAAUCAGACGGAUACAAGCGGAACCGAAGUACACGCGUGUUUCUUGUCGCUGCAAGUCCAGAUGAGAGUGGCACUGAAGCUUUGGAUUGGGUGAUGGAGAGUUUGGUUCAAGAUGGGGACGAGCUCAUUGUAUUUAGAGGAUUUGAUACAGAGGAGCUCGACAGGGAUCAUGAAGUCGUUCGAGAAGAAGCCCGUGAACUUCUGCGACAAGUGCAACGGUUGAACACGGAAUAUGAUCCCGACCGAAAGAUUUCUAUAAUCGUUGAAUUUAUUGCUGGAAAAGUCACAGAAACGAUUGAACGGCUCAUCGCUCUGUACAGGCCAGACUCACUCGUCGUUGGAACCCGUGGUCUACGAGGUGUCAAAGUCUUUGGUGCCGCCUUUGGUGGGAUGGGCAGCGUAUCAAAAUACUGUCUUUCGCACUCUCCUGUACCAGUCAUCGUCGUCCGUCCAGAGCGGAAGGUUCGCAAAACGAUGAUGAAGCGGCGUCUUAACCCGAAGCGCGGAACGCAUUUUGAAGAUAAGACAUUCUUGUCCGAGACCAACUCGGUACAAAGUCCAGCCGUCACUCCGUUGCCAACUCGUCAAUAAUAUGUAGCAGGGCCAAGAGCAAAGUUGCACCACCGCUGAGGGAAUUACGUUCGCAGUGUUUUCCUUCUUGCGUUUGCCAAGCCAUCGGGAGUUACAAUGCGAGUGUAUACGGAUGUUAGAAGUUCUGGUUAAUUUGCUACGACAGUUGCUCGUUGCAUUGAUAUCCCCUUUACCCUACAUGGACUCCUUAUUUGUGUUAAUCAAGAAAAUUAUAAAGCCAGCCUUGAUGGCGGUGUAUAGUAGAUUUCUGAUGUCCCUUUGUAUUUAAUCUUGAUAGAUAAAUCUAACGUAAACCAGUACUUGGCGUUUCCAUUGGCAGAUAGCACUUAUCGGACUUUUGUCUUCUGUUUAAGUAAACAUGGAAGUAGCGAUUCUAACAUUCUCUCAUAAAC